AUGCCUAGUUCGGCCGACAGGAAGCUCCGAGGGCGGGGGCGCCAGCGGCGCAUGAGUGCGGCUGGCCAGGCGGAGCCGGUGCUCACGCCGGACGGCGGCGGAAGACGGCGGCGGCGAUGCUGGACCAAACCGAGCCCGCGCGGGUUCACCACGGGCUCCAAAGGUAGCGACGACCAUGGCGGCGGCCGAAGGAAUGUCGGGGCGACGGCGGCACGUCGCCGGAGGUCGCGGAAGGUCGGCGCGCCAUGCUGCGGGUGGCGGCGACGCGCGAUGGUCGAGAAGGCCAGGUCUCGGCCCGUUCAAGGUUUGGGCGGCCGCAGAGAGGGAGAGCGGCGGCCGGCGGCGUCGGGAGCGGCGGCGAUGGCGCGCGGGGGCACGCCGGAGGUCACCGGAGGGCGGCGCGACCGAUGGGGAACGACGGUGGCGCGCGGUGGCAGGGAUCACCCAGGCUCGACCUGGGCGACUGCUGCUGGCCGCAGGGAGUUCGGGCAGCUCCGGCGGGGCGCAGGGACGGCGGAGGUCGGCGGGGACUGCACCGGGAAAGGGUCUCGGCCGAGGGAAAGGCUUCCUAGGGUGUCUUGGACAUUCUCUGAUGUUGAAGGCCGAGGGGGUGGUGGCAAGUGCUUACCGGACCAGUGGGAGCUAGGGCUCGUCGCCGGCGGUCGGGUGGCGGGCGCUCCGGCCAGUGAUGGGAGCAGCAGGUCGGGGAGGUCCGGGGAAGGUGCUGGCCGGCGGCGGAAGGUGGCCGGUGGCGCGGCAGCGCAGCUCAAAGCCGCCAAGUUCCUCUCGGGUUCGAGCUUCCCGGCGGCGCGGCGGCGGCCGGAGGGGGUCGGGGCGGCAAGGAUCCGGUGCCGGAGACCGAGGGGAAGGUGGUGCACCCCUCGGUGGGCUGCGGCGGCCCUCGAAGGCCGUACUGGUCCAAGCAGCGCCCGCACGCGCUCGGGACGGCCGCAGAGAGCUCGGGCGGCGGCCGGCGGCGUGCGGGGACGGCGGGGAGGCGCGCGCGAGGUCGCCGGAGGUCGCCAGAGGGCGGCGCGGCCGAUAGGGAGCGGUGGCGGCACGCAGAUGCAAGGGUGA